AAGCGCGCCGUGUGCCCACACUGGCUGCACGGCCGCUGCACGGCAGGCGCGCUGUGCACGCUGCAGCACCAGCGCAAGGCGGAGCUCAUGCCCAUCUGCACCCACUUCCUCCAGGGCCGGUGCACCGCCGCCGCCUGCCCAUACCUUCACGUCAACCUGCCGGCGGGGGCCCCCGUCUGCAAGCGCUUCCUGCGCGGCUACUGCCCCGCGGGCGCCGCCUGCCCGCACAAGCAC